AUGGAGGUCCCGCCCCGGCUCUCCCAUGUGCCGCCGCCAUUGUUCCCCUCGGCGCCCGCUACUCUAGCCUCCCGCAGCCUCUCCCAUUGGCGGCCGCGGCCGCCGCGGCAGCUGGCGCCGCUGCUCCCUUCGCUCGCUGCCGGCACCGCCCGGCAGGGGGCGCGCCGGGGCCCGCGCCACGUCACCGCCCAGCAGCCCUCCCGAUUGGCGGGCGGGGCGGCUAUAAAGGGAGGGCGCAGGCGGCGCCCGGACCUCUUCCGCCGCCAUUUUAAAUCCGGCUCCAUACAACGCUCCGCCGCCGCCGCCGCCGCCACUACUCGAACUGCGCGCCAGCACCCGCCGGCUGACAGCGCCGCCGCCAUGGAGGACGUGAACGAGUACAGCAACACGGAGGAGUUCGCAGAGGGAUCCAAGAUCAACGCGAGCAAGAAUCAGCAGGAUGACGGUAAAAUGUUUAUUGGAGGUUUGAGCUGGGAUACGAGCAAGAAAGAUCUGACUGAAUAUUUGUCGCGAUUUGGGGAAGUUGUAGACUGCACAAUUAAAACAGAUCCUGUCACUGGACGAUCAAGAGGAUUUGGAUUUGUGCUUUUCAAAGAUGCAGCUAGUGUGGAUAAGGUUUUGGAACUGAAGGAACACAAACUGGAUGGCAAAUUGAUAGAUCCCAAAAGGGCCAAAGCUUUAAAAGGGAAGGAACCCCCCAAAAAGGUUUUUGUGGGUGGCUUGAGCCCAGAUACUUCUGAAGAACAGAUUAAAGAAUACUUUGGAGCCUUUGGAGAGAUUGAAAAUAUUGAACUUCCCAUGGAUACAAAAACAAAUGAAAGAAGAGGUUUUUGUUUUAUCACAUAUACAGAUGAGGAGCCAGUAAAGAAAUUGUUAGAAAGCAGAUAUCAUCAAAUUGGUUCUGGGAAGUGUGAAAUCAAAGUUGCCCAACCCAAAGAGGUAUAUAGGCAGCAACAGCAACAACAAAAGGGAGGAAGAGGUGCUGCAGCUGGCGGAAGAGGUGGUACUAGGGGUCGAGGCCGAGGUCAGGGCCAAAACUGGAACCAAGGAUUUAAUAACUAUUAUGAUCAAGGAUAUGGAAAUUACAAUAGUGCCUAUGGUGGUGAUCAAAACUAUAGUGGCUAUGGCGGCUAUGAUUAUACUGGGUAUAACUAUGGGAACUAUGGAUAUGGACAGGGAUAUGCAGACUACAGUGGCCAACAGAGCACUUACGGCAAGGCGUCUCGAGGGGGAGGCAAUCACCAAAACAAUUACCAGCCAUACUAA